CCCGCGGACUACAACCCAAGACCAAGGAAGCGGUUCCCCUCUGCCGUUGGUAAGACUAAUUACUUAAAAAACUGAUUCAGUUGCAAUGCCAAAGUUGAUAUCGACAACUGAUAUUAUAAAUGAGAUGGCUUGGAGAUGUUUGGACAUAGAUUGUUAAAUGCGAAGUGCAUUUGCGAGUAGGGUUAGCAAAUUCAGCUAUGCGGUUAGCUAGUGUAGAGGGUCAGAGAGCAUAGAUGUGUAUACACAUAGAAGCCACCCCCGUUGCUGCGAAACGUUAACGUCGCAGCCAUAUUGGAGAGGUCAAUACUGACGAUAGCUUCGUUCCUAUACCUUUUUGGAGAAAAAAAAACAUUGAAAUGGGUUGAAGAAUAAAAACGUAAGCAGAUUUUUGCGCUAACUUUUAACAUUCUCAAGCGAUCCAAAUUAUAAAAAUAUACAAAUCGAAUAUUAUUAUUAUACAUUAUAUAUCAUAUUGAUAGAUGCAUUGUUCUAACUCCACGUAGAUCAUAAACCGUUGAAUAAAACGACAAAUUUUAAUCGGAAGUAUCGAAACGCUAUCUUUGUUUAUGUCUAGAAAACCGCAGCUCCCCCAUCUCCUUUACAGGCAGUCUUGGCCUCCCCAAGAUGGUUGCGACGUUGCCGUACGAGCCCAGGGCUGAGGCAGCUUCUAUGUGUAUAUGUCUCUCAGAGCGCCACAUUUAAAAACAAGACUGGACGCGAGUCGCUAUCCCGUUAGCUUCUUUCGAAAAGCACGCUCACAAUUAGUUACAACUCUCCUUCAUACAUAAAACAUUAAACAUUGAACGCCCAACGAUCUAUCCCGGCAUUAUCUUCCCUGCUUUCCCAUUACUGAACUUAAGUAGGGAAGACACUCGGGCUGAUUGUUGUGAUCAGCCUGGCAGUGAUCAGAACGGUCGGCUGCGUAAUUGUGUUCAUCCGCUCUGAUUAUGUAUACUUCAUCUCCAUGCUCGCCGUGAAGGGGCCCUUGUUAUCGGUCCCCGCAGACGGCGCGUCUCCACAACAGAAGGCUUGUGGGUGUAGCUCUCUAAUCACUUGAGCUUGAUUCGCCGUUAAGCGGUUGUCAUUUUCGCCGGCAGCUUCAAGCAGCCCUGGCCGGGGACUCGACCCGAGCCACCAUGGUAACAGCCACAAAACACAGGCACAGACUCGUUUUAUACUCAUUGUCUGCCUCUUCCCCAACGCAGUGGCUUCUCAGCUCUUAAGAUCUGGUGGAUAUUCAACUCGCUUCAAUGGAUGAGAUGAUGAACCCCUCUUCGCUCCUCAGCCAGUCCACCCCCCAGCUCCCCGGGGGGCUGUGCGGCCUGGGGACCCCCGCCCUGGGUGUGUCCGCCCUGGGCGCGUCCGCUGGGCCGGGGGUGUCGGAGAUGGAGCUCCAGAAGCUGCUCAUCGAUGAGAGGAUGAGGUGUGAGAACCACAAGAUGAACUACCAGACGCUGAAGGCAGAGCACACCAGGCUGCAGGAGGAGUUGUCGCGGGCCCAGGCGGAGGUGCGGGAGCUGCAGGGGGAGAGGACGGCCCGGCAGGAGAAGCUGCAGCUGCAGCUGGCCGAGCUGAGGGGAGAGCUGCUGGACAAGACCCGCGCUCUGGAGGAGAGCCGGCUGCAGGUGAUGACCCCCCAGAGGCUGGACCUGCUGCGGGCUCAGCUGCAGCAGGAGAUGGAGGCGCCCGUCAGAGAGCGCUUCAACAAGCUGGAGGAGGAGGCGGAGCGGUACCGGUCGGAGUACAACAAGCUGCGCUACACCUACACCCUCCUCAAGGCACAGGCGGAGCACCAGCAGCAGGAGAGCGCACGCACGCUGGAGGAGAGGAACAUGCACUUUGAGGCCCAGCUGUCCCACCUGGAGCGGGAGAAGGACGACCUGGUGGCCCAGCACCGGGGCUCGGACCCCAGCCGCGACGGCCGACGCGUGGAGGUGCUGCUCCGGGAGAAGGCCCAGCUCCACCUGCGGCUCAAGAGCAUGGAGGCGGAGGUGGCGGAGCUCCGCGCCCAGCGGGACAACUCGGGCCAGCAGGCGGACAACGUGCAGCGCAUCCAGGUCCGGCAGCUGGCCGAGUCCCAGGCUGCCCUCAAGUCCCUAGAGGCGGAGCGUCAGUCGGUGCGGUCGCAGCUCGAGCGCGUGGAGAGCGAGAUGCGACUCGCUUACGAGCAGAACUCCACGCUGACGGGACGACUGCACAAGGCAGAGAGGGAGGUCAGCAGCCUCACCGACCAGGUGGAGGGCCUGAAGCACUCCCACAAGCUGGACCUGAACAACGUCAGGCUGGAGUGUGCCCGCAGCAAGGGGGAGCUGGAGAGGGAGAGGAACGCCCUGCAGGGCCAGAUGGAUGCUCUGCAGACAGACGUGGAGGUGCUGAGGGCCUGCGGGGAGAGGCAGAAGGAGGUGCUGGUGGAGAAGGAGAGAGAGAUGGUGCGGCGGGUGCAGGCCGCCCGAGAGGACGAGCUCCACAAGAUGGCCAUCCUGCACGAGGAGAAGCUGGAGGUGGAGAACCGCCUGUCAGAGCUGGAGCAGCAGAGGGCGCUGCACGACACCGCUGGCCACGCCCACCGCGAGGAGUGGGAGGAGCGUCUCCGUGGCGCCCAGCUGGGGGAGGAGUCGGCUCGCAAAGAACUACAAAACCUCAGGACCAAGCUGCUCCAGCAGACCGCCCACCUGGAAGAGCUGGAGAGGAGGAAGGAGGAGCUGGGCGACCUCCGACGGCAGAACCAGGAGCUGGGGGUGCGGCUAGGGACCCUGGUGCACACGGAGGGGGGGCUGCAGGCCUCCAACCAGCGCCUCAAAGACGCCCAGGACGUCCUCCGGGAGGAGCUGAGGGCCGCCCGCGCCCAGGCGGAGAGGAGCCAGCACGACGCCGAGCGGGUUCUGGAGGAGCGGCAGGUCCAGUGGCUGGAGGAGAAGCACGGCCUGCAGGCGGAGCAGGACCUGCUGCAGCACAAGUACGGCCAGGCCAAGGAGCGGCUGCACCGUGCCGCCGGCGCCCAGAAGAAGCGGAAGGCGCAGACGGAGAACAAGGAGAAGCGGCUGCACAAUAAGAUCCAUCAGCUGGAGGCCAGGAUAGCAGAGCUGGAGCUGGAGAGCAGCACAGCCAAGAGGCGUCCCUCCCACUCUGAGGAACAAACCAAUCUCAACCGGCGGCUCAAGGAACUCCAGCGACGACACAGCGAGUUCCGCCACCUCCUAUUGGGCCACCAGGCUCCCACUGGCACAGGCCCCGCCUUCCUUCCCUCCUCGCUCUUCCCCCCGCCGCCCUCAGCCCAGGUCACGGAGGAGCAUCACCUGCGGGAGGUGUCCCAGCUCUACCGCCGGCUGGAGGAGCUGGAGAGCGUCCAGCUCCACCAGAUGGAGGAGCUGGGGGCGCCCGCUCAGAGGGACCAGGCCGUCGCCGGACAGUGCUGACCGCUGACCCCGUCUGUCGCCUGAAGCCCUUUGACAGUCGACCUCACCGCCUCAAGGCCACGCCCCCUAACCCCCCUCCCACACUUGACCACUGCCACCUGUCGCCUGAAACCCUUCCACGCUCGACCUCACCGCCUCAAGGCCACGCCCCCUGACCCCCCUCCCACACUUAACCGCUGUCCCCCUUUCGCCUGAAGCCCUUCCACGCUCGACCUCACCGCCUCAAGGCCACGCCCCCUAACCCCCCCCCCCCACACACACUUGACCUCUGACCAUGUCGCCUGAACCCCUGAACUUCCCCCCUUUGACUUUCGACCUCACCGCCUUAGGGCUAAACCCCCUGACCCCCCCCCUCCAUAUUUGACCUUUGACCUCUGACCUCUGGUACCCUGACCUCCAUGCCCACCGUCUCCUAACCUUGUGACCUCUCUGAACACCCACAGACAGAGAGUAUUACCAGCAUCAGUUUCAUUCUGAACCCCCAAAUCUUCCCCAGUAUAAAGAGACUCGUACCAGUACCACUGGCCUCAGGAUUAAUGGCAAUAGAUUAUGAAUAGAUUGUUCUGGUUCAAAUGAAUCAAUGAGUUAAACAGUGUUACUGUAAAAAAAAAGAGACAAUAUUUAUCGGGUAAGACAUCCAUGAUUUUUAAUGUUUUAUAUUGUCACACUCAGGUGCUAUCGUCGCAGUCGGAAAAGGUGUGAGACUCCGAGCCAGGGCUGCAGCUUCGCGCUCCGCAUUGCACAUCGUCUUUAUACUUGACUAUUAGCUAGGUUGUUGUACAAAGAAAGUAGUUUGAGCCUGAAUAAAAAAAUAAUCACUUGACUGACCACGUGUGAAGUCGAUCAAAGGGCCUCUUGAUGUCUCCUCUGCAAGAUUUCUAAACAUUGUCGUACUAUGCCAGCACGUAACUAUUUCCUUGUGCACUAAAAACCGCCUUCAUACUUCAGUCACUAUAGUUGUACCGGUUGUUCUCACCAAAGGUUUUUGGAGGAGUUGUCAGCAGACGUGGCGGUUGCAGGUAGGGCUGGGCGAUUUGGCCUAAAAAUAAAAUCAGAUUUUUCAAACCAAACCCGAUUAUCGAUUUUAAUAGAUAUUUUUCGAUAAAUGACAAAUAUGUAUAUUUUUUAUGUUUCGAUUUUAUUUGAAGAAUAACAAUGAUUAUCAAAUGCAAAAUAAAUAACAAACAUCCCCCCCCUCUGCUGUGUGCCCCAGUUUUAAGAUGUUGGAAUAAAUGUGAUGUGCUGCUGCUUAUGGCUGCCACAGAAAUUAAGCAAACUCUAGACACUCACUUUUUUCAGUGCAUGCUGACAUGAUGACUGCCUUGAUAACUAACCUUUUUUUUUAACCUUGCCUUUCCGCA